AUGAUUCACUUAUUGAAGAAACAAUUUUACAAAAAUUGUAAAAGAUAUAGAAAUGUUAAUACAUGGUCACCUCUAGCAACAGCAUUUAAUUCCAUUAAUAAAGAGACAUAUGGGUUUGAUUUCUCGAAGAAGAAAACUGGAUUAUUUGGAAUAUUUGAAUUGAAAACAUCAGAUGGAUUUAAUGUUUUAAAAGAUCAAGCAAUAUCUCAAACAAAUGCACUUAUAGCAGAAUCUAUCAAUCAAAAUAGGAAACGAAAAAUGGUAGAAAUCUUCGAUGAAAUGUCUGAUACAUUAUGUAAAGUUGCAGAUUUGGCAGAGUUUAUUAGAAUUGCUCAUCCAGAAAAACAGUUUGUUACAGCAGCAGAAGAUGCUUGUCUAUUUAUUAGUAGUAUUGUAGAGAAAUUAAACACACAUCGUGAAUUAUACCAUGCCUUAAAGCAUGUGGUACAUAAUGGAGAUAUUCAAGAAACAUCUGUGGUGGAUAAACAUGUUGCAACAUUAUUCUUGUCCGAUUUUGAAUUAUGUGCUAUUCAUUUACCAGAAUCUAUAAGGGAAAAUGUUGUACAGUUAAAUUAUUACAUAUUACAAGUAGGACAAAAAUUUAUGGCAGGUACUACUAAUGCAAGAGCAGUAGAUGCUAAUAUUGUGCCACCUAAUAUAAGACAAUAUUUUACAGAAAAAGAUAAUAAAGUAUAUGUUCAAGGACUUUAUAUAGAUUCUUCUAGUUAUCUACUUAGAGAAACAGCAUAUCGUAUAUUUUUAUAUCCCGAUGACCAACAAGAAUAUCUUUUACAAGAACUUUUAAACUGUAGGCAUACUUUGGCUACACUUUGUGGAUUCUCGUCUUACGCUCAUCGAGCUGUCAAAGGAAGUACUGUAGAAACACCAGAAGUAAUAUACGAAUUUCUUAAUAUUUUAAAUGAUAAUUUAAAACUUAAAGCAAGACAAGAUUUUAAUGAAAUGCAAAAAAUGAAAGAUGUUGAAUCACCUAUAAAACAGGAAAUAAUGCCAUGGGAUACAGCUUAUUUUACAGCAAAAGCAAAGAAAAAUUGGUUAAAUAUGACCAUAACUGAAUUUGCACCAUACUUUUCUCUUGGUGCUUGUAUGGAUGGUAUUAAUAUACUAAUACAAGCAUUAUAUGGUAUUCGAUUGGAGUAUGUCCCAGUUUUAUCUGGUGAAGUUUGGGCAAAUAAUGUACAUAAAAUUGCUGUAAUAGAUGAAAAUGAGAUGAUUUUGGGUUAUAUAUAUUGUGAUUUCUUUGAAAGAAAAGGAAAACCUAAUCAAGAUUGUCAUUUUACUAUUAGAGGUGGAAGGCAAUUAUCAGAUGGGUCUUAUCAAAAUCCUAUAGUAGUAUUGAUGUUAUCAUUACCUGUUCCAACAUGGUCUAAGCCAUGUUUACUUACUCCUGCUUCUGUAGAAAAUUUGUUUCAUGAAAUGGGUCAUGCAUUACAUUCUAUGUUAGGUAGGACAAAAUAUCAACAUGUAACUGGAACCAGGUGCAGCACAGAUUUUGCAGAGGUUCCAAGUGUUUUAAUGGAAUAUUUUGCAAGUGAUCCAAGAGUUGUAUCAACAUUUGCUAAACAUUUUCAAACUUUGGAACAAAUACCAAUGAUAUUAUUAGAUAAAUUGUAUGCCUCAAAGAACAUUUUUUGUGCAUCUGAAUUACAAAAUCAGAUAUAUUAUAGCAUGUUAGAUCAAGUUUAUCACAGUGGGCAAUUAGAAAAGUCAUCAACUGAAAUAUUAAAAGAAAUACAAGGAAAAUAUUAUGAACUACCUUAUGUCGAAAAUACAGCUUGGCAAUUAAGGUUUUCCCAUUUAGUUGGAUAUGGUGCAAAAUAUUACUCUUAUUUAGUAUCUCGAGCAAUUGCUUCUUGGAUAUGGCAAACAUAUUUUGAAGCAGAUCCUUUUAAUCGUACGGCUGGUAAUCGAUAUCGAAAAGAAUGCUUAGAACAUGGAGGUGGUAAGCCUCCUUCUAAACUAGUAUCUGAUUUUCUGAAUAAGGAAGCUAAUGCUAAAAACUUCGCGAAAUCUUUACUUCACGAAAUCGAUAUAAAAAUGGAACAUGUAGAAAAAUUAAGACAGUAA